GGGGGCGAGGCCGCCCGCCGGCCGUUGCCAGGCGCCCGGGGAACGCGGCGGGCGCCCGCCCGCGCGGGGAGCUCGCCGUUGGGCCGGGGCGGAGAGCGGGCGCGGCGGCGGACUGAAGAUCUGAAGAAGAUAAACCAUGAGCUAAGGCAACAUGUCAUACAACUUCUUGAUAAGAAGCAGGUGGUGGAAAGUCAAGUGGAUAGGUUCACCUGUAAAAAAGAUCAUCUGUGUAAAGAACUGGCUGUAAAUGGCAAACUGUCUGAGCAGCUGGAGAAAGAAUUGCUAUUCAAUACUGCUGAUAAGGAGCUUGAGGAAGCAAAGAUUCAAAUUCGACACCAGCAGAACAAGAUAAAGAAGCUGGAACAUACGGUGAAAACACUAAAAUCUAUCAUUUUACAAACAGAAGCUGAAAUAAAGCAAGGGAGGUCACCUUCAAGGCUUGAUACCUUUAUUAAGACAUUGGAAGAGGACAAAGAUUACUAUAAAUGUGAGGCUGAGAAUUUGUUGAAGGUAUUUCGAAACGCGUUUUCAAGUCCUAAGCGAACCUCUACUUGUGGCAGCAUGUCAAAAAAAUUUUCAACCAUCCAGGGAGUGAGUUCUGAUCCAGAAGUUUUGAAAAUACUGAGAGAACGUGAAGAACUUAAGUCAGCGCUGAAAAAAUAUCAGCGCCAUGUGGCAGAAAUUCAGGGUAACUUCAAGGUUUUAACAGCUGAGAGAGACAAAAUUGUCAAUCUUUAUGAACAGGCACAGAAAGAGAUUUCCCGACUUCGUCAGGAAGUUAUCAAAUGCCCCAGGACUCCUAAAAGUACUGUGACAGCUCAAGCUCUGUUAAGACAUGUGGAGAUAGAAAGGGAUACAGCACUGUCAGAUUUCCGAAGGAUGACUACAGAACGUGAUAGCCUCAGGGAGCAGUUAAAGAUUUCCCAAGAGACUGCAUUUAAUGAAAAGGCUCAUUUGGAACAGAGAAUUGAAGAGCUAGAAACGACUAUUCAAAAUUUAGGUAGUGAACAGUUAGAACAGAUGUCCGAAGUGGCACUAAUGAAAGACACCAUUGAUUCUCUGGAAACUGAGAUGAAAAGAUUGGCAAGAAGAGCACUGGACUCUGAAACUGAGCUGAGCCGACAGGAAGCUGAAUAUGUUUCACUUAGUUUAUUGAAUGAAAAGACAGAACAGAGUCUUUCAGAGACUCAGCGAAGCCUUGUUAAGAAAAAAUAUGAAAUGCAACUUGCCCAAGAGAAAAUUAUGCUUUUGGAUGAAAAAAUUGAUAACUUUUCAAGACAAAGUCUUGUACAACAACAGGAGAUCUGUGCUUUGAAAGAAACAAUUGCACAACUUGAUAAAGAGAAGGCAUCUUUGCAAGACUGUGUGGAAGAAGGAAGAGAGAAGAUUGUUACUUUUGAGGAAAGCCUGGCAAUUAAAGAGAAAAUAAUUUCGGAUUUCAAGAUUCUGAUUUCUGAGUUGGAGUGUUCCACAAAAAAAUCUGCUGAAGCACUCUGUACCUGUGAGAAGGACAUCACCAGUUUACAUCAACAGCUACAAGAAACCAACAAAGAACUUGUACAGACUAACAAGAACAGAGAAUCAUUAGCUCAGGAGAAUGACAGGUUACAAGAGCAUCUUUCUAAUAUUAAGCAAGAAAAUCAGGCACUAUAUAAAAAACUGGCAAAGUACCAAACUGAGCUUGAUGAUAUGAAGUUGAAAGCCCAGGAUUCAAGUACAGAUAUUGUCAGGCUGAAGGGUGUACUGAAGUCUAAAGAGAGAGAGAACUGCGAGCUUUUGGAGAAUUACCACAAAGCCCAUGAACAAGGAGAAAGUUGGGAAGCAAAAUAUCAUCAAGCAGAAGCAGAUUGUAGCUCUGUUAGGCUGACACUGAUCAAUGCGGAGUCUGAGAACCGCAGGUUGAAAGAGAAAAUGGAGUCCCUUGAAACAGAGAUGGAGCAACUGCAGAGCAAGUGUGAGUCAUCCCAUUCUGAAAUAGAGCUGCUGAGAAAACAACUGGGAAAUGAAAGAGCAUCUAUGAAAAACCUGGAAUCUUUGCUUGUGUCCAGUCAUGAGAAAGAAUUUCAGUCACAGAGAGCAAAGCAAGAAAAAGACUCUGAAAUUCAGUUUCUCAAGGAACAGCUUGCUUUAGCAGAAAAUAAACUUGCUGUGCAGAGUCAAGAUUUUACUCAGCUCAGAAAUAGAGCAGCUCAGCUAGAGUCAGAACUGGUUAUCACCAAAAGACAGCUGGGGACUGAGCGCUUUGAAAGGGAAUGUGCUGUACAGGAGCUUCAACGCCAGAAUCGUACAAUCUCGUAUCAGUUAAGUUCUACGUUAAGAACAUCAUCACCUGAACAUUCCCAUCAUCGACCUCCUGAUUGGUCUCUGGACUGGUCCCUGGAAGGGAAUUCUUGUUUCAAGGAUUUAUAAUGUUAUAUUCACAAUGGCUUGUGAAGACUCUGCACACCAUCUGGAGAGUUAAAGCUUAAUGCUCAUUUAAUUAUCACUUUUCCCUGCUGAAUGCUAAAUUUCAUUAAAUCUAUUUCACAAAUGCUGGCACAGGUUUUUCAUCAGUGUUAAUGUUGUUCAGUGGGAAGAAAUCAGUCUAGAUAGCUUCCUCUCCCACCCUUCUCCCAGCUCUUGUAUUAUUGUGUGAAGUGGCCCAUCUCAAUAAACAGAAAAAACCCACAAGUUCCAUUGACUUUACUGACAGUGUGCUUUUAUUUUAGAAAUGUGCAUAAUUUUAAAAGGUUACUGAAAAAAGGGAAAGAAAAUAACAAUAUAAAAUUUUGUUAAGGGGAAAAAAGAGUCUGUAUUUAGGUGUUAUGAUUUGGAUGUAUUUUUGCUGAACUAUGUGAGUAUUAUUCUUGAGAGAAUGCUGUGCCAUCUCAAGAUAGGAAGAGUUUGGAGGUUUUUUCCCCCCUUAAAACCUGACUGACUUAUUAAUCUGGAUAAAUAAGAUAGUAAUGCCAGCAGUUACCAGUGUUUCGAUAUCCAUCUAUGAAGAUAUGUAUUUUUUUUGUAUGUUUCCCUGCAUACUGGAGGUGUGUUCAACAGUUUUAUUAAAACUGCAUGAAGUGUCUAGUUAGAGUUCUUUAAUAUGAGUGAGUACUGUUUGGUGAUAGUUAUUGGCAUUUAAACUUGCUCAGAAUUUCUGCACUUUAUGUCAUAACAUUUGUCUAUGUUCUAUAUUCUCACACUUUAAAUGCAAGAGAAAAUGUAAAAUUCUCUCCUAUAAAUCAUCUGGGAAAUCUGUACUUCUGUACUUGGAAAUAGAGAAGUAGUUCCUGUUUAAUUCAUUUAAAUUAUCAAUUUUUUUAAUAGAUUCAUCCUUCUUGCUAUCUUCAUAAAAGAAUUUUGAAAAAGGUCUCCAGUUUAUUUUGCAAGCAAAGGCACGUUGGUAUGGUAAUGGUUUAAACGUACAUCUUGCAUGUAUGUUCCUGCGUAUGAAUUUGGUUUGUGAUAACCUGACUACUAACAUUAACAUUUGUAUCUGAGUAAUGAUUAAAGACAGCAUAACCCAUAUGAAUGCUCCUAACUGCCUUUUAAAACCUGUUGAUGUGAGCUGUAGAUAUGAUUCUGUGUUGCUUUUUAGGAACAGGUAGCUUUAAAAAGCCUUUAAAAGUAUUUUGAUGAAUAAUGUAAAAAAAAAAAAAAAAGUAAAAUAUACCUGCAACAUAACUUCUAGGAUUAUCUUCCAUAAGAGCAACACUAUUUUUCACUAAAGGUGACUUGAAUUUAAUUUUUAGGUCCUGAUUCUUCAUUCUCUAUUUGGCGGACAGCCACAGAAGUCAUUUCAGCAAUCACCAGUGUUAAUGGGACUAUUUGCAAGUAAUAAAGACUGUAAGAUCAGACAUAAUGAUAUUAACCAUUUCCACAUUAUGCAGUUAUUAAAAGGCAUAUGGUACGCUUUUCCCAGAUGAGAGAAGAUGAUCAUCUCAUCAUCCCAGAAGAUGAGAAAGUGAUUUGUUGUUUUGCAAUCAUAUUGCUGUAUUGAUUUUUUUAGAAGAUGAUCACAAAAAAGUUUAAGAAAUGUGAUCUUAGUCUGCAAAACUAAUACCCUAUAAUUUAGAAGAUGAGAAGGAGAGAUUAGAUAAACAUAAAAUAGAUAAAACUGAUCAUACUGUGCAGAGGCCCAUGUCCUCAGACAUAAUUCCUUAGUUGCAAUAAUGAUAGUUUUUCCACAUAAGAUCAUAAAGAAGUCAGUAACGAGGUGCUCCUACAAAGUAAAAGUGCAAGAUCCUUAAGCAAUUUGGACUUUAAAAUUCUUAGGUAGAGAGGAUUAAGGGAAUAUGAGAUUAUAAAUAUCAAGCUGUAAUAAACUUGCUUUUUGUAGAGUACUCUGAUAAAGUAAUAGCCUUUAUUAUUAGGGUUAGCCUUCGUUUAGAAAACGUUACGAAAAUGAGAACCUUGUUUUUCUACAGGCAAAUUACAAAGGCAUCAUCAGGUCAUGGAUGAGGCCCAAGCAACUUUUGUCAAUGGUGAUGGGACAUAGACUUCAAGUGACUUCUGACAGCAAUUAAUUGCUAUGUAAUUAUUGAUGGUUAAAAAAAAAAAAAAUCAUUCAAGUGAGUAUAUUCAGAGAGCAGUAUCACUGUAGUGGCAACCCCCCAACUG